AGGAAAUGAAGACCCCCUGUGUAGAUGCUGGCAUGGUUCCAAUCUUGAUACCGCUGCUGGACAGCACAGAUCAAGAGAUGCUGCUUCAUGUUGGGAGGGCCAUUGGCCGUAUCUGCUACGAUAACAACGACCUCCAGGAGCAACUAGUAGGGGCUGAAGUGAUCGCAUCACUGGUCAGAAUCAUGUCCGACUAUCCAGAUAAUGAACCUCUUGUCCGCGUCAACUUGCUGGCUUUAUCCAACCUUGCAGAUCUAGAUACUGCUAAAGAGGCACUUAGCAAGACCAGAGUUGCGGAACAUUUGGUACAUCAGCUGCGAAGGGCAAACCACCACGAGAAGGUAGAAAUCAUCCUUGAGGUUCUACAGACACUAGCAGAAAAUGAUACCCUGAAACUGCAGUUGGCUGAAGCUGGUAUCCAGGAGGCUGUGGCGGAAAUCCUGCUGAGGCUCCAGGCCAGUUCCAAGCCAGAAGACAUGUGCAGCUUAAAGGCUGCAUCAGAUCUGAUUGUGUCACUGCUUCUUGGAGAUGAAUCCAUGCAGCAGCUGUUUGCAGAGGGAAAUGGCGUUAUCUACCAGAGCAUUGGUACGUGGCUUGCAUCCCGGCACACCCAGUUACAGCUGACAGGGGCUCUGGCCAUUGCUAAUUUUGCCAGGAAUGACAUCAACUGUGUCCGGAUGGUGCAGCUCGGAGUGGUCCAUCAGCUUCUGGACCUUUUAGAACAACAUGUGGAAAAUGGGGAUGUCUCUGUGCAACACGCUGCACUUAGUGCACUCCGAAACCUUGCUAUACCAGUGGCUAACAAGGUUCAGAUGCUAGACGAAGGGGUCGGCAAACGGAUCCAGAUGCUUUUGAGGUCAGAGAUGCCUCCUGUACAAUUUAAACUUCUCGGAACAUUACGAAUGUUGAUGGAUGGUCAAGCUGAUGCGGCAGAGGAGCUGGGCCAAGACCACACGCUGCUCAGCAGACUGGUGCACUGGUGCGAUUCAAAAGACCAUGCUGGAGUCUGUGGAGAAGCAAACCGACUGCUGGCAUCGCUGAUCCGUCACAGUCGUUCUCAAGAAGUUGUCCAAGCCAUUCAAGAGGCCCAGGCGGUGAAGCACCUGGUUUCCAUGGCAACCAGCGAGCAUGUCAUAAUGCAGAAUGAAGCACUGAUUGCCUUGGCCAUUGCUUCUGCAGUCAAUUUAGAAAUCAUCAAAGAGACAUUUAAAGAGGCCAAGCUAGUUCAGAACAUACAUAAACUUCUCCAAGAUGAAAGCACGGGUCCAGAGGUGAAAUAUAAUUCAAUAGGCCUGUUGUGCAGUCUCCUGAAUUCAGGUGACCUAAGACAAGAAGCUGAAGAGGAGAAGAUGAAAGAAACCCUUGAGAAACUCUGUGGCCACAUCAAUGGUAAUGUAGCCAAACAGGCUCUAAUGGCUCUUCAGAUACUGAAUGAAGAGCACAGCCCCUUUGACUCGUAA